AUGGCCGCGAAGAUCGUCGAGCUGCUACAACUGCUGCAACUGCUUCAAGUACUACUCGGAAGUGUCUGCGGGACCUCAAUUCGAGCCCUCGAUGGCUUCGGUCGUCCCGUUGCCUGGUGGGCCGUGCUCAAGCUGCCGUCUCACGUCAAGGGCGUGGAACCGCACGCGAUUCCAACACCAUGUGACUGUCCCGUUCCAGAGUGUGGCAAUGUCCCCACAAAUGGAUGGCCAGCACUCGAGGCGAGAGCAACUGGACUCUGCUAUCUCUACGCAGACUCCCAAGAGCCAACGUUCCAGUACUUCCGGGACCUGGGCUUCGACUGUCUCGGCCAAGGAGGCGACGACCCUGUGAGCCACACGCUCAAGCAGCGAGAGGCCGCGAGUCGGCCUUACUGGGCAUUGUUCAACGACCAACUGAAUGGAAUUGCGGGGGCGUUCCCAGCUGCCAAGGACGUGGAUCUUGAGAUCGGAAGGGAACCGCAAGUCUGUGGAGGCGCUGAUGUCUUUAGUGCGCACGCGAAAGGGGCCGUGGUGUUCCAGAAGGAUGGCACUGGAGGGGUGUUCCUGCAGACCUCGACGCCAAACUUCCCGGACCCAACCCGCAACGACUCGUUCGUGAGACUUGGGUGUCAAGUGGACAAUAACGUGGCGUUCGCGCAGCAUCUGCUGGCUCUGUCGCUGGAAGAGCGGGAGCUGGUGGAGCUCGGAGAGAACCUGCAGCUCGCCCGGUUGUGCUCGGGGAACUUCUUCCGGAACGGAUCAUCAUCGUUGCAUCGGCUUCUGGGGAGUGCGAACUUGUACGAAGAUGGCGUGAAGCUUGGGAACACCAGUGCGGCAGCCUUCUACCAUGCGCUCCUGGAUCCACAAUUGCCGGUGCAAGACGCGAUGAAGGCGGAGUUUCGACUCAGGCUGUCCGGUAAGGCGGAAGCAGAGCCAAGGGAGACGUCGCGCGUGUUCGAGCCGCUGUCUGAGGAUCAGGGUCUGAUGGAUCUCGGUGAGGAGGAAGAGAUCGUGGUACUGGUCAAGAGCCCGCGGGCUGCAGUGCCACCGUGGGCACUCGUAGCUGAGCUCCUUGACUCGGACGUCAGUGUGGCUUCGUGGUGGGAUGGCAGCUACGGCAUUCCGACCAUUUGUGGAGGUGACGUCUUCGCCCAUGCUCCCAGCAGCUUUUGUCUGAACGACCCACGGACAGGCGUGAAGCUGAACGCGGACGGAUCCGCUCCUUAUAAUAUCGAGAACCUCAUGCUAGCAACCUGGCAUCUUAGUGACGGCAGUGCGAAUUUGACCUGGCAACUGGUUGGCGGUCGAGUCCCUGAUGGCAACCACGCGAAAUGGGGACUAACAACGCCUCGGUCCGGAGUCGUCAACACCUCGAAGGCUUACGUGACGUUCGGCGACCUGAAUAUGGAGGGCUUCCCGUGCUCCAAGACGUGCAGUGGUUCGCAAGCAGGGCGAGGCGGGAGCUUCUUUUCCCUCAUGCAGCCGCGACUGCACGCGAGUUUAACGCACUCGGUGAUCUCGGGUGCCUGUCAAUGCACGCCGUCGCCUCCUGUUGCUGGUGCUACUGCACUGCAAGGCGAGGCAGCUGCGACGUUGGAUGGGGGCGUGGGAAACGGCACGGCGCUUCCGCUGUACGAGACUUUGCGAAUGUGUCAUCGAGGCUGCGUGAAGAAAGUCGAGGAGCAUCUGAAGGCGACGGAGCUGCCAACAUUGAGUGCGAAUGCAUCGUCCUUCUGGCUCAAGUAG